CAGUAUAUUUUUGAGUUGUGCAUGCAUUAAAGUCAUGUCACUAUAUAUUUUGUGUUCAAGGUUAUUAUCCAAUAGCAUCAACUAACGAUAAAAACAAGAAACUGUCAUGUUGACAAGAAGCUCAAUCAUAUAUCUAUUGUCUGCACUAUGUUGUUGUACUUUAUUGUUUUUGUUUUUUUGUUUUUUUUGUACAUGAUUGUUAUUCUUUUUUUUUCUUAAUCACAGCAGGAGUUUUGAUCAGUAAUACUGAACUGAUUGUCCACUUGGAACCAAAGAACAUUACAGUCUGUGAAGGAGACUCCGUCACACUCAACUGCACUUUUCAACCGGGUGGAAAGUACAAAGUGAAAUGGUACUAUAGCCAGACACCUUAUUUAGACUGUAACUCUGCAACAGAUGAAAAACAUGAAAAGUGGCAUAUUAGUACAGGAAAUAAUGACACUUGGUCAACAUUCAACAUUACUUCCAUCAAGACCAGUGACAACGGAUGGUACUUCUGCAAGGUUACGAGAGAUAUUCCUGUUAUCGUAUACAACUGCAGUGAUGGAAUACAGGUUCUGGUCGAUGCCAACAUCCAGGAAUAUCAUACUGAGACAUCAAAUUCUACUACAGAAGCCCACGACUUGCUUAAUCAGUAAUACUCUUCAAAUGGAAGAACUGAAUGUACAUUUGGAACCAAAGAACAUUACAGUCUGUGAAGGAGACUCCGUCACACUCAACUGCACUUUUCAACCGGGUGGAAAGCAUAAAGUGAAAUGGUACUAUAGCCAGACUAACUUAGACUGUAACUCUGCAACAGAAAAGUCGCAUAAUAGUACAGGAAAUAAUGACACUUGGUCAACAUUCAGCAUUACUUCCAUCAAGACCAGUGACAGCGGAUGGUACUUCUGCAAGGUUACGAGAGAUAUUCCUGUUCUCGUACACAACUGCAGUGAUGGAAUACAGGUUCUGGUCGAUGCCAACAGUACCCAGAAUCAGACAGAAAAUCAGCCGCCAAGUACCACUACAGAAGCUUUACCCACAACUUGCUUGAAUGCUACAAUAACCUCCACAUCAACAUCAGAUCCUCCCAAUUUUGAUCAUCCGUGGUGGAUAUGGGUAGCGCUGGCAGUUGGAUGUGUCGUACUUGUUGUGUCAGUUGUUGUCUUAUACAUCUUAACUCGCAAAUCUAAAGAUAUCAUUUAUGAGAACACCAAACCAGUGGAAUCGGGCUGUUGGAGGCGAAAUCGGAAUCAGAUGGACAACUGCAACUUGCCUGCAUCCAAGAAAACUGAAACCAUUAAACCGCUGAGGAAGUAUGACACUCUUUCAAGCAACAGGAACCGCAGGCCAUAAGUGUUACAUAUAGAAGAAUUGUUCACUGAAAACUAUGGAAGCCCAUUUAUGCCACAUAAGUAUACUAAAGACAUAAUAAAUCAUAACUAUGAGAUGAAAAGUCAUAAGUUCGACUUUUCAUCUCAUAAAUAUGACUUAGAAUGUCAUAAUAAUAAUUUACAAAAGCAUGAUUUUCCCCCCUUAUAUAGCAGAAAUGGGCUUCCAUAGAAAACCCAUAAAUGUAUUAAUUAUUUUACUGUAGAUACAUAUUUAAUGAUGUAAUGUAGCAUUUCUCAAUAGAUGGGAAGCUGUAAAUAUAAUGCUGAUUUUUAUGUUUCUUGGUUGAAUGGCUCACAAUUGUAAGCUUUAAAGAAUUCACGAGAAAACCUGAUUUUUUUGUUGAACGACUUUCGGUUGUAUCAUAGUGAAACAUUCUGUGGUAACAAAUAAAUGUAAAAAAACAUCUAAAAAAAAAA